AUGAACAUCUACAUCUCAUUCUUAUAUUUUGCAGUUUUGUUUGCAGUUGUUUACUCAGAAUCUCCUCCAUACGAGGAGGAUCUGGAAAAUGUGAUCAAAGUGAAAAUUCUGGGGUAUUUGAAGAAUAGAAAGUGUUACCAGCGUUGGUACUUGGUACUAAGACAUGAGGUUUUAACGAAAAUGAAGCCAAAAAUAUGUAAUGCGAUUGGACAACUUUUUGCCCGCAUUGUACCCAAAGUUCCAUUCGGUUCCGAAUACUGUUGGACAGACAUAUUUGAUGACCUACAUCCAGACGGUGCUGUUCGUGUUUCUGCUGAGUAUCAUAUACCCGUUGGUAGAUUGCGACUACUCAAUAAAAAAUUGUCGGUGGUUGAUGUUUUGGGAAUGUUCACCAAGUAUCUACUGGAUAGUGAAAUAUCCGAUGGGCUUUCACAGAAGAUAGAAGUUUCGGAUGUACUGAUAGCAUUUCCUGAUAACGAAUUGGCUUCUUAUAAACGGAGUGUGAUGGACGUCAAGACCAAUUUGUGCAAACCUGUACCAAUUGACCACAACUACGAUCACAGAAAGCUUAUAUUGCUGGAUGGGAAGUAA